CAGAGACCGAUAAAAAAACACCUAUAAAAAGAAAAAGGCAAAGGAAGAAUGCCAAGAGUGAGGAACAAGAUUUGGACUCGACAAUGUCCUGCGACUCGGAUUGCUGUUUUGCGGGCGAUCCGGACAACGUGCCCGGGUAUGAACGGCUGGUGGCUACGACGCAGAUGGACCACGAUUACGUUAAUAACACGAAUGAUAUGGCAGAAUUAGUUCCUAUUAAUAAUCCCAGAGACAAAAUAGAUUGCACAAACACGAAUAAGUUGAAUGUAAUCAAAAAAACGAAACUUAACCGACAAUUAUAUCAAGCGAUCAAAUUUGCGCUGGAGUCACGCCCAUCUAUAUCAGACUUCGAUAUCGCCCAAUACGAGCCCGAAUCCGAGUCCGACUUUGACCACGAUUUCGAGUCCCAUCACGACUUGAACUCACCACAUCACGACUUAAAGUCGCCACAUCAUACGUCGGCACAUCACAACUCAAAGUCGCCACAUCUCGACUCGAAGUCGUCACAUCACGACUCAAAGUCGCCAUAUCUUGACUCUAAGUCGUCACAUCAGGACAUAAAGUCACCACACCACGACUCAAAGUCGUCAUUACACGAUUCAGAGUCGUCACCUCAAUACGAAAAGUCACUUCACGACUCAGCGUCACCACACCGCUACUCAAAGUCGUCACAUCUCGAAACAAACUCGCUCCAUCACGACUCAAAGUCGCCACACCAUGACUCAAAGUCGUCAUCGUAUCCCGACUCGGAGUCGACCCUCACCUGCGAGUCUGAUUAUGAGGACGCAGAAAAUUUCCCCAAUAUCAUGCUUGCUAAGGCGUUCAGUGGGGUCGCCGAGGGCAGUGGGGUGUCGGUGGACGUACAGAAAAAAGCGCACCUCGUGUUGAACCCGCCCAGUGAGUGGCCGUGCACAGUUGAAAGCUGUUUUUGUACACGACAACACAGCGAGGAUAGCAGCGACUGCAGUGUGAUUCAGAUUUCGGAUGAAGAUACCAGGUCCAAUGUGAAGCGGGGCGGCAAGCGGAGCCGUAAGGAGUGCAAACUGUGUGAAAAAACGUUCGUCUCGCUUCACGCAUUAUGGGAACACUAUGAAAGCGAGCACGUGGAUAUAUGCCGCAAGGGAUGCUGUAAUGGGACGGCGCUGAAGUAUGGCAACAACAGGCGCCUAUUGAAGGUCCCAGACGUGCCUGACCCACAGAAGUCUCAGUACAACUGCGCGGAGUGCGGCAUAGAUUGCCGCAACAAGACGCAGAUGAGGCUGCAUGUCGCCACGCUCAAACACAAGCUCCGGAGCUUGUGGAGGUUCCAAUGUGAUACUUGCAAGAGAAAAUUCUUAAAUAAAGUGCAGGUAGCGGAGCACAUUGAGAGAGAUCAUUUAGCGAAGGAAGCGUGUCCAAAAUGCGGGGCCACCUUCCACAGCGAGCGCGCGCUGCGCAAGCACGCCGCCGCGCACGCCCUCGCGCACAAGCAAGCGCACGCGCACGCAAACACUCACGCGCACACGCAAGCGCAAGGGGCACGCAAGCGACGCACACGCAAGCUAACGGAGACUGAAAAAACGCCGAUAUCUCGGAAUGUUUUAGACACAGACACCACAGCCACAAUCGCGCUCAGUAACAGACGCAAGAAAAGGAAACGAAAGGGAACGCAUUGGACACGACAACGCAAGCAACUUGCACGCAACUCGGACACACAGACAAAUGUGCAAAGGACACGCAAGCGAACGCAAGGGACACAGCCGCGCAAGCAACGUGCGACCGACUCGGGCACGCACACGAACGUGCAAGGAACACAGGAACAAACGCAAGGGACACAAUCGCGCGUGCAGCUAGCACCCAACUCCGACGCGCACAUGAACGCGCAAUGGGUACGAAAGCGAACCCAAGGGACACAGCCGCGCAAGCAACUUGCGACCGACUUGGGCACGCAUACUAACGUGCAAGGAACACAAGAACAAACGCAAGGGACCGUGCAACUAGCACCCAACUCCGACACGCAAAUGCAAAUGCAAUUGGUAUGGAUACGAAAGCGAACGCGAGGGACACGCAAGCGAACGCAAGGAAAACGCAAGCGAACGCAAGGAACACAGGAACAAACGCAAGGGACACAAUCGCGCGUGCAACUAGCACCCAACUCCGACACGCACACGAACGGCAUGCAAGGGCCACGCAAACGAACGCAAACUGUUGGUGAACUACGCAAGAUGCAGAUGGGAAAAGAACGCACGCAACUCGAAAAUGAGAGAAUGGUGAAUUUUUAUCUUAAUAAAUUUACUUGUUUCGAAGCAGGCGGGGAGAUAAGUAGGGCGCUCACGUACCCUCCCAAGAAUCAAUGUUCUCCGUCCUAGCUGUAAGAUCGCCGACACUGUUAACUGACUUUUCGUAAACCUUAUUAGGUAUGUAUUUGUAUGUAUCUAUGUAUUUAAGUAUUAUGUAUAUCGUUGUCUGAG